AUGAUAAACCGAGGUGUAGUGGGGCAAACAUCAUCGUUUCCUCGAGGUCCAGAGGCUGGAGAUAGCCUCACUACCAGUGCCAUAUCAACAUGUCAUGCCAGUCAUACAAAACCGUUUCCAUCGAAUUUACUCAACGGAUAUCUGAUGCAGUGGGCGCUAAACCGGACGCUGCUGGUAAUCAACACAAACCAGACGAUACAAGUCAAUGCUUAUAAGUUGGCCAAGAAAAGUGAAGCUUUUAGAGAGUUAACCCAAUUAAGCGGAACUGAAAGCAACACACAUCAUGGCAGCAUAGAGAAUUGCACGAACUCAUCCUACUUGACCGUAUUUUGCGAACCACAACGUACUUUGGAGUUGUAUUUUGCGGUUCAUUUGUGCCACAUUGGCAACUGCCAACUUCGUGGGAUCACACGGCUAGACCGAGAGUAUAUAGCAUGCGAUAACGACACCAGCCGGAUAGAGCCGUUUCGCGAACAUACUGAAUGGGAUCCCGGAGCGCCACAAUACAACGAGACAAUCAUUCAAACUAAGGAAUUGGUCCUUACGAAAUGUGGAUCUUAUUGUACGCUACAGUAUGGCCUUCGUACAGCUGCUCUGUAUGGCCUGAUGGAGUUAAAACAACGUUGUCACGAGUACGCAAGGCAAAUUAUCAACCAACGCAACUGUUGGUUGUUAUGGAAAGUGGCUACAUCUAGCGACUACGAAGAUGGUGGGACGCUCACUACCAUUGACAGAGAGUUUACAACCCUGGUGGAAGGGUACAUAUUGACCAGUUUCGGUGAACUAACGAAAUACAUCGGCGGAUGGAUAACAACAAUUGAUGAAGAAGCCAUUCCGUUUGAAGCUCUAAGCGCUCAGGAAAUGGCACAACUUCUAGCUUCACAUCGUUUGAAUGUUAGACACGAAAGUGACGUAGUUCAUGCCAUUCAAUGUUGGGUUGAGGCACCGGAGCAAGCGGAACAGAUACGUUCGGGUGAAGUUUUUGUCUCGAAACUGAUAGCGAGUUGUGUGCGUGCGGAUAAACUCAAAUUACGCGACGUUGAGAUUCUGCACGACCUAUCGAAUUUGGAGAAACGGAUGUCGACGAAGGCGGUGGGCCAUUCGAAGAGUGCAAGUAAAAUCUAUUCAGGAAUAGUUAUGAAACGUAGAAGCAGAAAAUUUACAAACUAUUCCAAUUUCGAAUGUUGGGCUCAACUUCGAAAAGUCAGGCGGCGUCUGGUACGUUCUGCUAGAAAUCUGCGACCAUUGGAAGAUAUCGAAGAAUCGGUGACAAACAACUCCACCGAAAAGUUCAGAAAGCGUCUGUCGGACGCAGAAUGCUAUGUCCAAUCCAAAGAGGUCGAGCCCCGACUACCCCAUGAAGCAAUUUUCACGUUUGGUGGAUGGAAAGCAGGUGAACCGUGCCAAGACGUGUACGUAUACGAUGCAAGAAAAGAUUCAUGGAUAGCGUGUGAGUCUGGCGUGAGCGACCGAAUUUUAUUACCGCACGCUUUGAUGAGUUUUGGAAUCGUUGUGGUACAAAACCGAUAUAUCUAUAUAGCUGGUGGUGAACAGUCAGACAAAAGAACAACCUCUGCAGUAAUCUGCUAUGACUUUGAAGCGGAACAUUCACAGUUAAUGUUUCAUCGUUCAGACAUCCAUACUUCUGGUUCGGGUUGGAAACCGUGUCCAUCGCUACACGAGAGCAGAAGAGAUCUAGUUUUAGUAAACUGGUGUGAAGAGCGCAUCUACGCGUUGGGUGGCGAUAACAACAGGUCCGUGCUCAGUACUGUUGAGUACUUCGAUCUCAACGAAACUAGCCGCCGCGAGCAUCGAGGAUGGUCGGUAGCACCAAAUAUGCUGAUGGCCAGAGGAGCUCCAGCAGCCGACUGUUUAAAGCGCAUCAUCUACGUCUGUGGAGGGUACACCGAAAGCCGAAUGGAAGCACUCACUAACAGCUGCGAGGCAUUCUGUCCGGACACAAAUCAGUGGACAUUCAUUCAACCAAUGGCACAAGCCAGAUACUAUGCACAGGCGGUAGCUGUCAACGGUGUUCUGUUCGUUCUCGGUGGUGGAGGUGAGAGUGGUGUCCGUGGGGCGAUACGUAUCGCCGCUAGUGCAGGUUACAGUAGUACCGUGGAGCGAUACAAUCCACAAACUGAGAUGUGGGAACUGAUGCCACCUGCAACGGAAAGAGCCGAUUUUGCGGCAUGCUACUUCGAAGGAGAGCUUGUGUGCCUCGGUGGUGGUGGUGAAACUUUUUGUACGGCAGAAGUGGAACGCUGGAAGCCAUGGAUUCCACGAGUUGGACCCAGGCUAAGCUACAAUACAACUGCAAACGAUCCUACGUUAUCACAAGGUCCACUAUGGCUGGGUUACACCUUUCAUGCAGCGGAAAACGGCGCCUCCGGCUGGACAAAAUCAGGUUCACUUCCAUAUCCCGUGUGGGGUCACAGGUGUGUUGUGAUCAAAGGAUGGGACCUCAUACUACCGUAUCUGAAGAGGAAAUGUGGAGUCAGGGAAGAACAAACGAAUACCAUACAAUGGAGAAAUGUGGCUGCCAAAUGCAAGAUAAUACAUGACUGGCCUAUACUGGUACCUCGACAGUUUUCAGAGGAUGACGGCACAGCUGUAAACUCAGCUGAGCUGGGCCAUAAGUUGCAGGAACUUUUCCACCCUCAAGGCGUAUCCCUGCAUCCGGAAUUCGAUUCAAACAAGGAGGACGAAAUAACUCUUGAAGAAGAACACGCGGAACAAUCGAGGAACAUCUACAUUCAACCACAAAACGAAAUGAACGGUUGCUCAAGAAGUGGAGUUUAA